UAAACAUGUCAGGGUCGAGUUUCAAAGUGCGGUUCUUUCAUUAUUUCCAACCCAGAGUCAUAAUCUUUUAGUCUCCCGUCAAAUAGGACUAGUAGAUGAUGAGGCUCAUGCCGGGUUUGUGCCCUGCGUUAACAGAGGAAGUUAUGACUAAGCUGAAAAGUGCAGGUAUAAAGACUAUCAUUGAUUUUAUGUUGAAAGAUUCUGAGACGCUCGCUCGAGAAACGUCAGUGAGUUACAAGGAUCUGCAAAGUAUCCGGAGAAUUAUACAUGCUCACCAUGCCGCCUUUGCAGUAUCAGGGACAGAUGUGCUGGACGAAGCUGUGAGAUCAUCUGUAGUUAUAUCAACAGGUGUUACCAGUCUAAACAGUCUACUUGGGGGUGGACUUAUGACGGGAGAAGUGGUAGAAGUGUGUGGCGGAUGGGGCAAGGGGAAGACAUCCUUGUGCUUGCAGUUGGCUCUCCACGCAGCUCUGAGACAGGGACUACACACCCUCUUCAUUGAUCCAAGUGGAAGCGUCUCACCCUCUAAAUUGGCCCCAUUUAUCGAGGCCUUUUCAGAGGAAGAGGAAGUUAUGGAGAAAGCGCUCUCCCGCAUCAAAAUAACAUCCCCAGCAGACAUCUGGAGCUUGUUCCGUGCUUUAGAGAAGACCUACCAUCCUUGCAUAACAUUGGAUGGUAGUGCUGGAAGUAGUAGUAGUAACAGCCAAGGUGCAGGGAAACUCAAGCUUGUCAUUGUGGACUCGUUGCCAAUCUUGGUCAUGCCUCUCCUUGAUGGGACUCGGAAAGAAGGAUUGGGGAUACUUAAUCAACUAGCUAUGACUCUAAAGACUUUGGCAUCAGAACAACAGAUUGCAGUUGUGGUGGUAAAUAAUGUGGUACAAAUGCAAAAUGGCAGUUCUGUUCAUAAAUCUGACAGUCACCCAAAAUGGAAACCAGCUUUAGGGAGGUACUGGGAACAUAUGCCACACACAAGACUGUUUGUGGAACAAGCAGAAUUGCCAGACCAUAACAGGAGCCUGAAUUUAUCCCUGUCGGAACCCUGUGAGAACCAGAGUUCUCCCAGUCUUUCACUCUCCUUGAAGGUUUCAGUCUGGAAGAGCACAAGACUGAAGAUGGACAGUUCAGUGGUUUCCUUAUUUGCUAAAGAGAGAUGAUUUUCGUUAUUUUUGGGGGGGAUUAACGAGCAUGGUGUUCCUAUAUCUGUGAUUCAAUAUUUUGUAGGCUAAACAGUUUUGUAAUUUGGAACUGAAAUUCAGAAUUAAUUUGUUAAUACAGUUUUUAAUUUUACAUGAGAAUUGUAGUUGAUAUGUAUUUCUAAAUAUAAGGAAAUUAUAUUUCAAAUAUAUGUUCAUAAAAAAUGAA